AGCCUGACAGAGAUGCUCACACUCCAGCAACACUGUGAGGGAGUAACGAGGAGAGUCUGGAGUUAUGGAAACACAGACGACACGGUAAAGAACGUUUUCUCCCGUUUCUUCAGACGAUUCGCGGACGGUUGAUUCCGCUUUGGAGUUGGACAACCGGAUUCUAAAAUAAAGUGUUGCGAACGGCACUUGUACACUCAUUUAUAUCUGCGGGCCUGUGUUUGGAAAGUAGAGCAGAAUAACAACAUCGCAGCGAGGGAGGAAUGAAAUCCACCGCUCAUUUCGGAACCCGCGGCGCACGUCGUUUUUAGUCCAGAACAUAACCUGUUACUCAUCGUGCACAGUCUGUUCGCUUCUCUGAGUGAGUGGGCUAUAGAAAACGGGAAAUAUAGAUUUGAUUGAUCUUAUUGAGGGCUAGUCUACUAUCGGCUUCCCUCGCGUGUCAUGCACCUUUAUUAUCAGAUAUGAGGCAAACAGCGUGACGACAUAGCCACCAAAUAACGUCAAUGCUUUCCCAGGAGGGUAAAAAAACACAACAACACUCAAGUUAACUAUUGAAAGCAAUUUCACUCAAACAUGAGUUCUUCCGGCGGCAGAAAGGUAGAUAUUCUAUAUGUCGGUGUGUUUGACUUAUUAUUUCCAUGGAACUAAAAUUGGGAAAUUAAUUUAGUCCAUUUCCCCGGAGCGAGUUGUUUUUUUUUGGGGUAGCUUCAUCUUGCGACACGUGAAAAUAGCGUGCACGUUUGGAGUUACGAUGCUGGUCACUUGGGUCACAUUUAUUCAAGCGUUCCUAAUACUGCUGGUGAAAGGAACCGACCAAUGGAGCCUCCGGGAGUCCUCUAACUGCGAGCUCAAUAAGAAACAAAGUGAUCUGAACUCUUUCCUGUGGACCAUCAAACGUAACCCUCCGUCCUACUUCUACGGCACGAUCCACGUCCCUUACACGCGCGUCUGGGACUUUAUCCCAGAGAACUCCAAGAAGGCUUUCCAGGAGAGCAACAUGGUUUACUUGGAGCUGGACUUGACCGAUCCCUACACCAUCUCAGCCCUGACCAGCUGCCAGCUCCUCCCCCAGGGGGGAACCCUACAGGAUGUUCUACCCAGGGACAUCUACGGACGCCUCAAGAGGCACUUGGAGUACGUCAAGCUCAUGAUGCCGUCGUGGAUGACUCCUGACCAGAGGGGUAAAGGACUCUACGCUGACUACCUGUUUAAUGCAAUAGCUGGGAACUGGGAGAGGAAGAGGCCUGUUUGGGUGAUGUUGAUGGUGAACUCGUUGACGGAGGCGGACAUCAAGACGAGGGGUGUCCCGGUGUUGGAUCUGUACCUGGCUCAGGAGGCAGAGAGGAUGAGGAAGAGGACAGGAGCCGUUGAGAAGGUGGAGGAGCAGUGUCACCCACUCAAUGGACUGAACUUCUCUCAGGUGAUCUUUGCCCUGAACCAGACCCUUGUACAGCAGGAGAGUGUGAGAGCAGGCAGUCUGCAGGGCUCCUACACCACUGAGGACCUCAUCAAGCACUACAACUGUGGAGACCUCAACUCCAUCAUCUUCAACCAUGACACCUCUCAGGUCCCCAACUUCAACAAUGUGACCCUGCGCCCCAGCGAACAGAUAACAGCCCAGGAGAUCGACAGCUACUUCAGACAGGAACUGAUCUACAAGAGGAACGACAGGAUGGGGAACAGGGUCAAGGCUCUGAUGGAGGAACACCCUGACAACAGCUUCUUCUUCGCCUUCGGAGCAGGUCACUUCCUGGGCAACAACACAGUGAUUGAUGUGCUGAGGAGUCAGGGCUAUGAAGUGGAACACACUCCUGCAGGGCAACCCAUUAGCAGGUAAUGAUACACACUCCGCUGUCCUCACCACGACCACACCA